AUGGCGGCGAUCACUUCUGCUUCUCCCACCCCUCUCCGCUCCAUCCCAUCCGCGCCGGAAAAUCACAAUCAGAUCCACGAAAGCAUCGCGCGACCUGCGCACGCCACUGGGUUGGCCUUCGAAAUGAAUCCGCAACCUUCUUCACCACUUCGCGCUUAUCCCGACCCAAUACCCAGUGAUACGCCAAUGCCCAGCGGCCCUGAAUAUUUCACGACUCGUCGGCCGCAGCCAUUAUCACUUUCGCAGGAAGACCAGAACCUUGCCAACUCGCUUUCACAUAACAUAAGCGGGCAUCUGAGUGUAUUAUCGCCGCAAUUACCCAACGGGCAGGCGCAGAGCUUUGCUAUGGGCUCUCAAAGUGGUCUACCCCAGACACCGCAACAGCCAACUACUGGAGCAUCGAUAGCUGGCCAACAUUCUGGCACGGAUCCAAACCAAGAUCUUAGCUACGGUAUGGGUACUGAUCGCAGGAAGAGGUCAAAGGUUUCCCGAGCUUGUGACGAGUGUAGGCGCAAGAAGGUGCGAUGUGAUUCCACAGCUUCUGACAGCAACGUGGUUGAAACAUGCUCCAAUUGCCGGCGCCUCAAAUUGACUUGCCAAUUCGAACGGGCACCUAUGAAAAGAGGUCCAAGCAAAGGAUACAUCAAGGAGCUUGCCGAACGUGUUCAACAGGUCGAGUCACAGAUGGGUCUACCAGUAGGCUAUCGUCCGUCAAUUGAUGCAGGUUCGCCCUCCGAUCCUUAUGCCGAGCAAUCGUACUCCCCCACAGAGGUCAUGUCGAGCAGUAGGAAACGGACGUUCUCUCAAUUCGAUGGUCGAAAUCCUUUCGCUCAGUCUCCACAGUCUACUCGGGACAAGAUGACAAGUCUUAGCGGAUACAGCAUCAACCAGGCGCCACAAAGCGAACGAGCCAGCUUUGCAAUCGCUCCAGAUCAGCAGCUUACGGAUGUCUCACCGACAGCUGACGCGCCACCUAUCGAUCUAACCAAGCCCUUCUGGGCCCAAGACACAGAAACUGAGCAUCCAAGGACCAAGGAAACGCAGGUUGCAAAGAUAUCUGCUGGCAAUGUAUGGGAAUUCGAUUCACUCUUCAGCGCCUAUGUCGACCUCAUACACAACGACAUUUCAAUCUUGCCGAGAUCUUUUGAGACUGUGCAGGGUCACAUCAGUAAAUGUUCACGGGAGCUCGCUUCUGCUUUCACGUAUGUGCUAGCCGUGGCAUGUGGUUCUACACCUCCGGAUGGGCAUUACGCUUCCGAUUCCGAGGUUGAAGACUAUGCUUGGACGAAUGCGCGGGUUCUGCCACUAAAUCGGCAUGUUUCUGAAAACAUAGUCUGGCUUUGGCUGUACACCUUCAUGGUCGUCAAUGCCAAUACUGAUGUUUGUCGUGUUUGGGGAACCAAAACGCAAUUAUCAAAGCGGACAAUGCUCAAAAUGGCAAUCGACUUGGGGCAGUAUAUGCUUGCGGCCAUCCAGCAGGAUGAGGUUGCGGAGUCGAGUGACAGUCUCGAUUCCACUCAGAAUAUUGUACAGCGAACAUGCAGUUGCAUAAGCAUCCUUGCACAACUAGACGCGAUUGGUACCGGAAUGGAAGAUCCGGUUGGCUCAAGCGACUGGCAAUGUCUUUCGUCGAGGGCUGAACUCAGAGAGAUUAUGUCGGAACCUGCUGCUUUCCUCUUCGCGCUGGCCAGUAUUCUAUCACUUCUUUCAAAUCAUACACCUCCUUCGGCGUUCUCCAAACCGGAUUCGAUCACAUCUGUCAAGACAAGAAGAGUCAUAGAAUCAGGCGUCAAUAUCAUAUUAUCUACCUUUCCACCUACGUCAGCAUCAUCAUCACUUUUUCAAGAAGCACAACUAUUUAUUUCUCUCCUUCUCGCUCGACAUACCUUCGUCAAUGAUGCGUCCGAGAUAUUAGAUCUGGCUGCUAAGCUUACCGAUAUCCUCGAUUCUGAUCCAGUCAACCCACACGGUCAUCAGCCCCCUGUCGCAAAACCUCUUGACAUUCAUCUAUACACCCUGACAGGCUUUACACUCCUAGAACUCAUCGACAGCGAAGACGUAGACCUUGUGAGGUCGUCACAAAAUGCCCUAGCCAAACUGCGGCAUGCCCUCGAGCAAGCCUCCGAGGCCGCACAUGUCCGUUUACAAAGUAGAUUUCGUGGCGGCCAGUCAGGAGAUGCCAGCCAUCUCCAUUGGGCUGACGCCCUGUUGGGAGUCAUCGAUGCCAAGCGCGAGACUGAUCAAGGCCAAAGGCUGUCUCGGAUGGGUCCAGAGGAAGCAGGUCACAGCAAUGGACCCCAUCAGGAGCAGCCGAAGAGCUCCAUCAACGGCAGUACCGAUACUGAAGGAGGCAUUCAAGUCAUAUCAGCACAUCAGCAGUAUCUCAUCAGUCGGCUGACAAAUGUGGCUGCGAUCCAAAACACUAUUCGAGCGAACGGUAGGAAAAUGACCGUGAUCGAUUUUUCUCUCCUGACGCGAAGGGGCUACCUUAAUGUCCUGGCCGACUUGAACGGAUUUUGA